UCUAUUUCAAUCCAUUCAUUCGUAGCAAGAAUGGUAGAUUAGAUCUAUGGCAUCUCUAAACUAAGCCAGCACAUGGACCCACUCCUCAUCCCUUUUUCUACAAUCAUCACUCCCUUGCAAAGCACACUAUCAUUCCCCAUAGUGGCCACUUGCCAUCCCCAUGACCCAGAAAACAUGCUUUUUUUAAUGUGCUCUAACAACACAUGCCCCCCUCUCAUGCAUUCCCUUCCCCCACACCACACACUCACACACACAUUUUAAUAAUCUAGAUUCUCAUUUAGGCUUUUGUUUUGUUUUGUUUUGGUUUGGCUUGGUUAUUCCACCUCCACUAAUUUUUCACUCCAUUACAUGCACUCAAACUCACACAAUGUUCAGCAUCUACAACUACACCAAAUAUUCAUUCUUCUCCUAUAAACCCUCAUGACCUAUUUCAUCACUUAACAAUAUUGCCUUCUAUUUCACCUCACUCACUCACUCACUCUCCAUUUUUUCCACUUUCUGUUCAAAUGUUCAACUCUACAAUGAUUAAGACAAUCACUUUUUGACCCAAACACAGUUUCAACUCCCACAUUCCCAAUGCUAUUCACAUUAACCCCAGCAGCAACUUCAUAGGAAAAAAAAGAUCUCACUAUCACCGCAUUUCAUUUUCAUUUUUCUUCUUUACUCAUGCCUAAGAUAAGCCAAGAAAAAGAUGGAUCUGAAACCGAAACCCUAAAACCAAUCAUGGAUCCAUUUCCCUUUCCACAUUUAGCUACCACGAAACCUAAUUUCAAUUUCUCUGUGAAGAGUCAUUUUCCGAUGAAACGCACCGUUCGGCCCCUCUUCGCGCUCCUCCUCCUCCUCGUAUUCGCCGCCACGCUCACCUCACGCGCCGUCCUCCGCCGCGGCAUCCUCUCCAUCGAGCUCGAAUCCCGCGUCCGGAUCCGCCGCCAUAUUCCGCCGCCGCCGCAGCUCAACGCCACGCUCCUCCACCACGCAGCCGUCGAAAUUGGCGAGGAGAAGUUCAAGCAGGAGAUCCAGAGCCUCCUUGAUGGCAACUUCGGCAGCCACGCGCGCCACCGCACCUUCGUCUCCUGGCGCCGCUUCAUCCACCACGACCGCGGCAGCGCCGGAGUCACCGCCGCCAAACUCCCGGCGACUAUCCGGUCGCCGCUCUUCUACCGCUCCUGGCUCGACUUCCGGAAGGUCCUCCACGACUGGUUCCGGAAGCGACGAUUCCAACCCGGUAUCAUGUCCGGGUUGACUCGGUCAAUUAAGCUUCCAAUUGAUUCACACAACAACAACAACAACAACAACAAACUACAAACCAAUAACAAAAACAAAUACUCUUCCUGUGCCGUAGUUGGAAACAGCGGAAUUUUGUUGAAUAGAGACUAUGGUAGUGAAAUUGAUUCCCAUGAGUUUGUGAUAAGGUUGAACAAUGCUAGGGUUGAUCACUUUGAGACCAAGGUUGGAAAAAAAACUAGCAUUUCAUUCAUGAAUAGUAACAUCUUGCAUUUGUGUGCUAGAAGGGGAGGGUGUUUCUGCCACCCUUAUGGUGACCGUGUUCCGAUUGUUAUGUACAUUUGUCAAGCCUUGCAUUUCAUGGACUACACUGUGUGCAAUGCUUCUCACAAGGCUCCUUUGUUGGUGACUGAUCCUAGGUUUGAUGUAUUGUGUGCGAGGAUUGUGAAGUACUAUUCGUUGAAGAGGUUUGUGGAGGAGAGUGGGAAGGGUUUGGAGAAGUGGGGAGAGGCUCAUGAUGGUUCUCUUUUUCACUACUCUUCAGGGAUGCAGGCUGUGAUGCUGGCUUUGGGGAUUUGUGAUAGGGUUAGCAUUUUUGGGUUUGGGAAAUCGACUUCUGCUAAGCACCAUUACCACACUAACCAGAAGGCUGAGCUUCACUUGCAUGACUAUGAGGCUGAGUAUGCGUUUUAUAGGGACCUUGUGGAUGGGAAAAGGCCUAUACCCUUUCUUGAGGAUAGGUUUAAGGUUCCUCCUGUUGUCAUGUAUCAAUGAUGGGUGCUGAACUGCUGCUGCUGCUGCAAGUGGUGGUGGAGGGCCUCUGUGAAUUGUUGUUCUGUUAUUGUAAUACUUGUGAAAUGCACAGAUAGUGGAAAGCAAAAUACUGAUUCAAGAUUCGUUUUUGUUGUUUGUGUUGUACUGUCCAACAUGAAGCCUCAAGGCAACACCAAGUGUAAAUUUUGUUGGUUAGAUCAAUACAGUUCUUUGACUCCAUCAAUGAUUAUGCA